UCAGAGGAAGGAGGAGGAGUGUGAGCAGCUGAGAGAGAGAGAAUGAAGAGCAGAGCAACCAAGAGGAGGAGGAAAAGGAGAGGCAGUGAGCAGUGUGAGCCCAGAUUACAGCCAAGGCAAGAGCAAAGGGGACAAAAAUAAAGGGAAUACUAGCUCAACUGUCAUAUUCUAUCGUUGCGUCAAUUUACACAGAAGAAAAAGAGGAUUACAAACUAGAUAGAGGGUGAAAAGAGGGAGACAAAAACAGGAGGAGAAGAGUGCUGUAUCGCCAAGAGCAAACAUUUUAGUGGACAGUGUUUUCACAAGUGAGGAGGAUGUAGCAGUGACAAAGGUGAUGUGUGUGUGUGUGUGUGUAAACUGAACCCCCUCACCCACAAAUCCCCAAUAUCAUCUACUGAGACCUGACCACAGGUUUCACAAGCCAUGUUGAAGACCAGGACCCAGCUAAAAUCCUGCUGAACGCCAUGGCCCAGGCUAAAGGGAAGCGAGAUGGCACGGUUUCAUCCAGUGAGAACAGGCGUCGGCCACUGUCAUCAGGUGGGGUGGAGGGUGUAUUGUGGCAGAGCCCACAGACAAUUUUUCUCCAGAAGAACUCACAGGGAUUUGGCUUUACUCUACGGCACUUCAUUGUCUACCCACCAAAGUCCUCCCUCAUUAACCUUAAGGUUGAAGAGAACGGAAAUGCAACUGGAAAAGGUUGCCAGAGGUCUUGGUUGGAGCCAAUAGACACAAUCUUUGUGAAGAGUGUCAAAGAAAAUGGCCCUGCCCAACAAGCUGGACUGUGUAUAGGGGACAGACUGGUGAAAGUGAAUGGGCAGAGCAUUCUAGGAAAAACCUACUCUCAAGUUAUCGCACUCAUCCAAAACAGUGAAAACAUUCUGGAGCUCUCUAUUAUGCCAAAAGAUAAAGAUGUGUUGCAGUUGGCAUACUCCCAGGAUGUCUGUAUGAAAGGCAAUGAGUCAUACUCAGGCAAAGCCCAAAACAUCCCUGAGCCACCACCUCUUUAUUACCCUUCCAAAAAGCCUAGCUCCACUUCCUCACAGCCUAGCCACAACAUUCACAGCCCCCUUGACAACUGGCAGUGCCGAACCAAUUCCACCACCUCACCACUGGACAACCGUCCCCCUGCUGCUUCUACUACCCCCUCACACUGGCCCAGGGGUCCUGAGGAUUCCAGCAUUCUGGGGGGGCACCGUGGACGAUCUUCAUCUGUCAUUGGUGCACUGGACUUUCACUUUGCUAACCACAAUGCCGCCAUCGCCUCUGCAACUCUGCCUCCGCCACGGAAAGCUCCUGUCCGUGCUCACGUUAGCACCCUCUGCCACCAGGCUCUGUCAGACUGGUACUACAGUCAGGCUCAGAUUGCAGAGUGCACGUUGCCCCAGCAUCGAAGUAUAUCUCAGGAUCAUUUAGUUGAUCUGGGGCUGGGGUUGGCAGUCAGUCCCAGACCUGCAGCUACCUCUGUGGCUUGUUUAGAGCAAGGCAGAAGAGAAACCCUUCUACACCACCACCACCAGGCAGCUGCUGCUUCUCACAAUUCAUAUUGGAUUGGCAGCUGGGGUAGUGUAUCAGGACCAGGAAAGAGGUCGUGUUCAGAGACCCUGCUGGCAGCCUAUGCUGAAUAUGAGCAAAAUUAUGGACGUUCUGUGGAAACAUUAGCUCAAGCCUCUGCUCUGGUCUCAGCACAGUCUGAACAGACUUUGCAAAGUUCACACACAAUAAAAUUCAGUGAACAGAAAACCUCAGGAGAACAUCAGCACCAAAAUGCAGUAAAACCAUCCGUCACAACCUCUUUUACAGUGCCUCCCAUUGACAGGCAGUCAGGUCAGCAGGUAGCAGAGCCCCAGACGAGGAGAGUAAAAGAAGAAGAGCAGGUAGGCUACAAAAGCUACAGCCCUUCCUUUUCCCAGAAAGCUGGUCAUCUCCAACAGACCCACCCUUUUAGAGAGCCCAGCUACAGUGGCCCUCAUCUCGACUGGGGGCCUUCCAGCAGAAGCAGCCCUUCUCAAAGUGAUGGGGGAAUAGAACGCCUGUCCAAAUCCAUCACCCCCUUGUUUACAUCUGAGGAGAAGAGGGUGCGGCUUAGGGAAGACAGAGAGAUUAUCUCCCCUGUAUCCCUGACUCAAGAGGUGGUCCUGAGGCAGAAGCCACCUCUGGGCUGCCAUACCCUCAUUCAAACUGUGCAACAUACACACUACACCACACCUGUGGAGUCCCCAGAGCCAACUGCUUUGACACCGUCCCCAUCCCCUGCCCUUACAGCGUCCAUUCCCAACUGCAGGUCCAGUGGCAGCCUGGCACAGCAUGCAUUUGACUCCUUGUCUUCUAUUCCCUUCAUAGCAUGUGUAUCUACAGGCAGUAUUAAAAAUCGCCGCUCCUCUUACCUACUGGCCAUCACCACUGAGAGAUCCAGGUCCUGUGACGAGGGUCUCAACACCUUCAGGGAAGAAGGCCCUAUCUUCUCUAAACUUCCAAGAAGGGUCAAGAGCUUUUUCACUGAUGGGUCUUUGGAGAGUCUACAGACCCAAGAGGAAGCCCGAUCCAAGCGCCACUCCACUUCUGAGCUGGGAACCAUCACCUUCAGUGAUGUUCACAAGGAGGGCUGGCUGCACUACAAACAGAUCCUCACAGACAAGGGAAAGAAAGUCGGUGGUGGCAUGCGACCAUGGAAACGAGCCUUCUCCGUUCUCCGCUCCCAUUCACUCUUCCUUUACAAAGACAAGCGAGAAGCAGUGCUUCAUGGGGCAGGGGCAGGACCAAGUCAGAUUGAACAUUCUCAGAUCAGUAUCCACUGCUGCUUGAUUGACAUCGCCUACAGUGAAACCAAACGGAAACACACCUUGAGGUUGACCACGCAGGAUUUCUGCGAGUACUUGGUGCAGGCCACGGAUAGAGAUGACAUGCUGGCCUGGAUCAAGGUCAUUAGGGAGAAUAGCAAGACAGAUAAUGAGGAGAUUGGUUUCUCAAGACAAGCGCUCAUCAACAAGAAAAUGAAUGACUACAGGAAACACAGUCUGACAGGUACCAAGCCAGAUUCCUCUCCCAGAGCCCACUGUAUGAUGCCACCUUUCCUUCUGGCUAAAACUGACAACAUUUCAGUGAACCGAGCUUCCAGAUCUGAUGACAACAAGGCACUGUGGGGCAUCAACAUCAUGAAGAAGGCCAAGAAGACAGGCAGUCCAAAGGCUUUUGGCGUGCGUCUUGAGGACUGUCAGCCUGCUGUCAACCAUAAAUUUGUCCCACUAAUAGUGGAGAUGUGCUGUGGUGUUGUGGAAGCAACAGGUCUGGAGUAUACUGGUAUAUACCGUGUACCGGGCAACAACGCCAUGGUGUCCAACCUGCAGGAGCAUCUCAACAAAGGCAUGGACAUGAACACUGCUGAAGAGAGAUGGCAAGACCUGAACGUAAUCAGUAGCCUACUUAAGGCAUUCUUCCGAAAACUACCUGAGCCUCUGUUUACUGAUGACAAAUACAAUGACUUCAUUGAUGCCAACCGGAUAGAAGACAGAGAAGACAGACUGAAGACAAUGAAGAAACUGAUCCAUGACCUCCCAGAUCACUAUUAUCACACCCUUAAGUUUCUAUUGGGCCACCUUAAGAGGGUGGCAGAUCAUUCUGAGAGGAAUAAGAUGGAGCCACGAAACCUAGCCCUGGUGUUUGGACCCACUUUGGUGAGGACAUCAGAUGACAAUAUGGCAGACAUGGUCACCCACAUGCCUGAUCGCUACAGAAUAGUGGAGACACUUAUCCUGCAUUAUGACUGGUUCUUCAGUGAUGGAGAGCUUGAAAAAGAAGAGAAGGCCCCACGGGAUAAGUGGGGCACGGAGCCUGUGCCCAACAUUGACCAUUUGCUGCCCAAUAUUGGCAGACCAGGCAUGCCAGGAGAGGCAUCAGCUGAGACAGUGGAUCAGCCUCUUCGAUUCCACCAUCAACGAUUCUCUUAAGUCAAAGCUUUCCACAGUGUCCAAAAAAGACCUUAACACCAGAGAUUUCCUGCCCAAGUCCAUCAUCUCUGCUGUAACCUGCAAACAUAAACGCCUCGGUACCCACCUGGUGGGCGGCAACACUGAUGAAGACAGCCAUUAUGGUG